GCUCAAUGUGUGUUUAUAAGUGUUGUAUCUCCUCGGAUCCAGACGAGCAGUGUGAAGUCUAAGCAGUGAUCCUGUCUAACCCCGUGUGAAGAAUGGAGGCUACACAGGUGAUCUCUGACUCAUUCCUGGAGUCAGAUGAGGCAGAAAAUGAAGAGGAGGAUGAAAAUAAGAGGGGUCAACCAUUGGCUAAACUGUGCAUCUUAAAGAAUGAGCUCGUCCCUGAGACAGAGUUGCCCCUGUUUUUGGGAAAUAAUGUGCUGGGCCGUGACCUCAACGCCUGCACCCUGCACUUGCCAGCGCCCUCAAUAUCUAAGCAGCAUGCCACCAUCAGCCUCUCUGUCUACAGCAGAAGAGGUCGUCGCCCUGAAGAGGAUGUAGAGGCUUUGGUGUGGGACCUUGGGAGCAUGAAUGGGACCCGCAAAGGCCGCUUAAAGCUGACGCCUAACGUACGCUACGCCCUCAGUGAUGGUGACAGUUUGGUGGUGGCAGACAUCCCAUGUCAGUAUGUCAGCUGCACUGUAGACGCAAACUCGUCGCAAGGGGGCAUGAGGACUCCUGUGAGCAGAGAUAUGGGGGUAAAGGCCGGGUCACCGGAUGUCACUGAAAAAGAGGGAGGCGACAAAAGCACAGACAGCAAGAAAUGUGAAAACACAGACACAAAGGCGGGGGUGACAUCAACCAAGACUCCCGUCAGGGCCGGUUGCCUCUUCUUAGAGCAAACUCCAACCCAGCCACAGGGGACCCUGGUCCCAGAAUCUGACGCAGACUCAGAUGGAGAAAGAGAGGGAGGAGGCAGAGGGCGUAAGGCUUUAGUGUCUGAUUCUGACUCCCAUAAAUCUAGUCCUGCUUGUUCUACAUUCUUGAGUCCCACAAACAAAAUCGUCCCUGAAAGUGAGGAUGAAAGUCCCAUCACACCAUCCUCCUCCUCCAAAAAUAGGUCGUACAGACAUGUCAGAUUCAGCAAGGAAGAGACAGAAGUAGAUGUGGCUGGACAGCGGCUGGAGGAAAAAAAGACACUUGCGAUUGUGGAUGACAGUGAAGAAGAGGAAGGAAGAGAGAAAGAAACAGUCACACCAGAGGAAACCAAGUCUAAGGAAAGUGGAAAACAUGUACCAGUGACACAGGAAGGAAAUGUCAGUUUUAUGGGAGAUGAUGAAUUGCCGGUGUCUACCUUAACAGUCACCAAAAAUGUGAUCCUUGUACUUAACAUGGACAGUGACACUGAUGUGGAGGGAGAGGAGGAAGGGGUGUCAUCUGCAGGUCCUGUGACCUUGAACAUAAACCAAGUCAGUCAGCCACCAAACACUGCCCACUUUCAGAUGGACAGUGAUACAGAUGUCGAUGAGGAUGAAGAUGCCUUGGACAAAGAUCUUAAAACUGUGACUUCCUCUGAUGAGAGUACCAAAAUUUCUCAUGUUAAUUCAGCUAUUCAGCCUGAGGGAAUUACUAUGGACAGUGACACUGAUGUGGAUGACGAUGCUGCUGUGUCAGACGCUGCCACAAAAACAAAGCCCAUGUCAGUUCAGAGUGCAUCCACAGCUGACUCUGCUCCUUUGAUGCAGCCGAAAGAUUUCCAUCUCGACAGUGACACAGAUGUUGAAGAUGAAGACGAAAAGGAAUGUGGAACAAAUAAAUUGAGCUCUAAAAUAGAUGAAAUUUCCAUUAAAUUGGAAACAAAGCCAGCUGGGCCUGAAUCUGCCGCCGCUGCUCCUCAUGGCCUACAUUCCGAAAGUGACACAGAUGAUGAACAGAUCCCUGCCCCUACCCUCAGUGAACCCCCCGUGGUGUUUGCUCUAGCCACAGACUCAUGCACCGCUGCAGACCGAGGGGUUGCUAUUCUGUCUGACAGUGACACAGACGUGGAAGACGAUUCUCCUCAGGUUAUGUCUGUAGCUGUCACAACCUUGUCGGCCUCUCCUGGUACCAAGCCAGCAGCUCUUGAGUCACAUUCGGAUGCGGACACAGAUGUGGAGGGGUCAGGCCAGAGCGGAUCCAAACCAACUGACCUCGGAUUGGACAGUGAUACAGAUGUGGAGGAUAAGGAGGCAGACAUUGACGAAGCAGGUGAUGACCAGAUCCCUAACUUAUGCAGAGAAAACACACCUGGGCUGAUGGUUCCUCCUCUGCAGAACUGCUCUACUCCUGUACAACUGACAGAAGGAGAGGUGGAACAUAUGGAUACUCAGGCUUUCGUGAGUCCCUCUUCAGUUCCAUUUAGGGGUGCUGUAGCUGCUGCUGUAAGACCUGUAGCAUUGUCAUCCUGCUCAGACAGCCAGGAGGACGAGGACUUUGUUGUUGCUGAGACGCAGUCCUUCAUUCUUCAGACCCGAGAUCUCCAAAGCAACCCUCCAGAGGACCAUUCCAUGGAACCCACCCAAGCUUUUUGCCCUGAAACUUCUGGUGAUGAAACUGAUCAACCGUCCAGCAGAGAAAGGUCUUUUCAACUGGGAUUGUCUGACAGCCGCCACCGGCAGUGUCAGGCCCAAGCUCUAGCCAUGGAGAACACCCAGGCAUUUGUGGAAAGAGGUGUGAAUAUGGAAGAUACCCACGCAUAUGCUACUACUUCAACUGCAGACAGAGCCUCUGCAGACAAUGAUGCAAAUCUGGAGGCUACACAGGACUAUGAAGAGGACGAGGAGCCUGCCAGAUAUCCUGAAAAAGAAGGGCGGACAGAAUUGGUUCUGGAAGAAACACAGGCAUAUAUCACAAAGCCAGAGAGUGAUUCAGAGAGUGAGACGGAUGAAGAUGAGAGAAAAAAUAUUACUGCUACUGCCGAGACUCAGCCUUUUGGCUUUACUACUUCAUGUACUCCUGCCAUGGCUGAAACCCAACCAAUAUCUGCCUUCGAGGAAGAGGAGAGUGUGGCAGAAGAGUGCGAGGAACGUGGGGGGACACUUCAACCUCAGCAAAGAAUGUCUGGUGAGGUUUUAUCAAUAGCUCAAACUCAGCCCAUGAAUGCAUGUAGCAAUGGAGAAAGUGAUGAUGAAGAAGAGGAGCAGACACAGCCUCUCACUGGUUCAGAUUUAUCAGUUGCUGAAACCCAGCCCAUGCACAUUGGUUGUGCAGAAACUCAGCCCAUGGCUACAAGUGAUGAUGAGGACUUGAUGCCAGGCCCACGAAAAAGAAGAGCAAAGCAACUGUCUGAAGAAGAGCUGACACAAACGCUCACAAACUCUGAGGCCUCUGCAGUUGAAAGUCAGCCAGUAGAUGCAGGUGAAGGUGGGGAAAGUGAUGAAAAAGACUCGAUAACAGUUUUUAAAAGAAGACGAGCAAAACCACUUCAACUUGAGGAGACGCAAUCCCUCUCUGGCUCUGAAGCCUUUGCUGCUGAAACUCAGCCCAUGGGUGCAUGUGAGGGCGAGCAAAGUGACGAAGACGACUCAAUUCCUGUCCCACGAAAAAGCAAAGCAAAGCAACUGCGACUUGAAGAAGAGGAGACACAGCCUCUCACUGUUGGAACUCAGCCAAUGGAAACAGGUGAAGACAAGGAAAGUAAUGAUGAAGACUCGAUUCCAGGUCCACGAAAAAGAAAGGCAAAGGCUCUGCAACUUAAAGAGGAGGAGACGCAACCGCUCUCGAGUUCUGAGGUCCCUGCUGUUGAAAGUCAAGUGACACAAUCUGAAGCUGGAACCAGUGGAAUCAGUGUUAGAGACAAACGAGGGACAAGGGCAAAAAUAAGAGAGGAGGAAGAGCAGGCAGAGUGUUCAGAAUCUCCAAAGAGAAAGACGAGAGGGAAGAGUAAAGCUUUGCCAACUACCAGAGGAAGGAGGGGGAAAUCUGGGCCUGUUGGGGAUGUAAGUGAGGAAGAGGGGGAGUUAGAGCAGGCUAGGAGAACAAGGGGGAGAACAUUUACAAGGCAGCAGAAAGGCAAUGAAGAAGAUGGAGGAAAGUCUGAAUUUGAAAGAAAUAAACCUGCGGAAAAUGGCAACCGAAUAAAGAAAAAACAAAAAGCAUUGGGAGAGGAGAGAGGUGUUGCAGACCUAAGAGAUAAAGAGAGAGAAAAGAGGGAGAUUGAGGAAAUAGAGAGGCGUAGAAUGGAAGAACAAGAAAAUAAGGAAGAACAAGAAAGAUUGCAUGCUGAAAACAUGGAGAGGAUACGACUUGAGGAAACAGCAGAGAAAGAGAGAAAGGAACAAGAAGAAAAGGAAAGAGUGGAGAAAGAAAAACAGAGACGAGAAGAAAGAGAAACAGCUGAUCGAAUACAAAAAGAAAAAGAACAAUUGGAGAAGAAAAUAAGAGACAAUGACGAAAAAGAGAGAUUGGAGCGUGAAAAGGCAGAACGUGAAGAGAGGGAGAAAUUGGAAAGGGAAACAAAGGAGCAGGAAGAGAAAGAGAGAUUGGAACGAGAAAAGAGGGAAUUAAAAGAGAGACUUGAGAGGGAGAGGAGGGAAGAAGAACACCAAGCAAGACUGCAGAGGGAAGAAAGAGAAAGACUGGAGAAAGAAAAAGAGACCAAAGAAAAGCCAAUAAAAGAACAAGAAAACAAAUCCAAAGUGUCAAUGGGAGGUCGAAGAGCAUCGAAAAAAACUACCGUUGCCGCAUGUUCAACAGAGCAAGACUCAGCUGAAUUGGCCGAAGAUGAUGUCCCAGCGAGGAGAACCAGAUCUCGCUCCAACUCGAUCAGCUCGAUCAGCUCCGAGAGAUCUGCGUCAAGCGUCAACACCCAGCAGGGCCGCGGGAGAGGUCGAGACAGAGGAGCAAAAAGGACCAGUGAGCCACCUAAGGCGGCUGUCGUCAGAAGCAGCAACAGGAGGAGGACGGUGGCUGCAGAGACAACAGAGCAGGACAAUGAUUCUCUCAACUCUGAUAUUUCAAGCUACAGUGUGAGCUCACAAAGCAGAGGAAGAGGAGGCAGACAGCGGGGAAGACCAAGGAUAACAGAGGCUGAGCCAGACUCUAUCCCUCCUAUCAAUAGUCAGAGUGAUCAGAAUUCUGCUACCAAACCUGCAACCAGAGGUAGGAAGGGCAGGAAAACGGAGCCAUCCUCUAGUGCGGCUCCUCAGGAAGAUGAUGCAGAGAAGGCAGAUUCACAGCAGGCUCGUACCACAAGGGGACAGCGCAGAGCCACGACAAACAUCUCUGAAUCAACUGCUGCAGACGAGGAGAAGCAGUCCAAUCAGGACGAAGGUCACGGCAGUGAGGAAUCACGUCUUUCUAAGAGGAAUGUCUGGGGCAGAGCCCAAAAAUCUGCAGCUUCUGCAGCCAGUAAUGGAGAUGAGGCUAAAGACAAAAGACAAGAGAGGAAGAGACAGCUGGAGCCAAAUAUAGAGGAGGAUUCUCACAGUAGGACCAACAUUUCUGUAGUGAAAGUCCAAGCAGUAGAGACAACACAGGAAGGAGGAGAAGAUGAAAGUAAAGAUGAAAAUCCUGUCCAAGCUAAGAGGAGAGGUAGAGCAUCUAAUGCUCAAGUCAAGAAGGACGCAAAUGAAUCUCCUGUUGAAGUGGAGUUGAAAAAAGAGAAGGAGAAUGUCGAGAAGAGGGGCAGAAGUCGGCCAUCAGCGGCCCAGAAAAAAAGGGAAGAGGAGCAGGAAGAGAGUGGAACAUCGGCCAAUUCCACGACACAGGAGGCCAAAGUGCAGACUCCAGAGCCACAUACUCCAACCAGCAGAGUAUCCCAGAAGCGACAGGCUCCUGCAAAUUCCUCUCCUGUGGCAAAGACUCCUCGCUCCUCCUCCUCGUCUUCCCCUGCAGCUAGAGGUCGACUACAAGCUGCGAGUCAGGCCUACAAAGUGCUGUUCACAGGCGUGGCGGAUGAAGCCUGGGAGAGAGGGCUGGCUCGCCUGGGAGGCAGCAUGGCUAAAGGUGUGGCAGACAUGAACUGCCUAGUGACUGAUCAAGUGCGCAGGACUAUCAAGUUCCUGUGUGCAGUGGCCAAAGGAAUCCCAAUUGUCACCACAUGCUGGUUGGAAAAGAGCGGUAAAGCUGGGAGCUUCCUGUCACCUCAUGCUUUUGUUGUGAAGGAUCCGGAGCAGGAGAAGAAGUUCGGUUUCUGCCUGCAGACGUCUCUGACGAUUGCCAGCAGUCAUCUUCUAUUACAGGGAUAUGAGAUCCAUGUUACGAAAUCAGUGAAGCCGGAGCCAGCUCAAAUGAAAGACAUAAUCUCCUGCAGUGGAGCAACAUUUCUAACCAAGAUGCCCUCUUCUCACAAGCCUCAAACUGUCGUGAUUUCCUGCGAGGAGGACUGGUCGCUGUGCCGCCCGGCCGUCUCUUCAUCACUCCCAGUCGUCACUGCCGAGUUCAUUCUCUCAGGAAUCCUUCAGCAGAAAGUCGACUUUCAAACACACGCACUCUCUGCUCCUGUCACUAAUGCAGGAGGCAGAAGAAGGGGCAGGAACAAGACAUAGCAUCGAUACAGUCAUUCACCUUCACAGUGUAUGUGCGGUAAAUCUGCAUAAGUGUUUUUGAUCUUAUGAUCUCUAGACACCCUUUCAAACCAGAGACCUAUAGAAGCACUAGUGACUCGGCUGUUUGUCUCUAUUAAACUUGAAGAAUUUAUUUGUCAAAAGUUGAUUGUACAUUCAUGUAAAGACAUUUUGUACAUAUAUUGUCAGCACUGGAAGCCUGCGUGUCAUUUUGCCAUUUAUGUUAAAAAACUAAUUUUAUAGGUACAACAACUGUACAUAAGAGAGUGAUGUGAGAAGCUUUGCGGGGUGUUAAAUUAGGGUCCUCGCAGCUCCCCUCUUCCUCCUGUGUGUUCCAUCCCUCCUUUUAUACAUCAACAAAUAGAGCACGAAUUAACACUGCUAAAUUGCUGCUACUCAGUGUGCUGAGUACUUAAACUUAAUCAGCAUUUUUGGCAGGUGACCAACCGUGAUGCAGGGAGUUGUAUAAAUCAUGUUGGGAUGGUGGAGCGUUGGAACCGAUGGGAUGUCUUUAGAAAUCCAUCAGCUACGGCGGUCAGAUGAUGUGGGGAAAAAAAAUCUUGUUUCCUUUGUUGAUAAGAAGAAGUGCAUAUAGUGCCUUUCAUACCGAGGUAGUCAUGAACCUAACAGUGUAUUUGUUGUUCCUAUGCCUCCAUUAACCACCACCACCUACUCCAUUAAGGCCUCGUCCAAUCCUAUUACCUCCACAGAUGAGCGGAGAUGUAUGCACCCGAAUGCUGAUGCUGCCUCUACAUCAAUAUCUUAUGAUGUUUGUCCUUGCCAUGCAUUCACCUACUGUCUCUUUACUUUUUUAGCAUGCAGCUUUGAAGGUAUGUUGUAAUUGUAUGGUAAAUGUCAUUGGUGUUUUAGAAACAGACCCAUUAGCUCUAGUUUUUAGAGCUUUUGCUCAAAUCAUGACAUCAGUCUGUACUGUCAAUGAAAACAUUAAACAUUUCCUAUUGCCUUUAA